CCAAAGCGAAAGUGAAAUUAAAAGCAUGGUGCUGCCGGCAGCCUGGGGCAGGGCCUGGUUCCAGCGAGGCUUUCUGGGCAUUUUGGCCUGCAGGAGACCCCUCCUCAGGGGCAGUAUGAUCCUGGGGCUAAUCCUGUGCUGCUGCACGUUGGCUGUGCUGGCAGGGACAGUGGAAGGUCCCACAUCAGUUCCUGAGCUCCGCAGGGUGGAUGUUGUCCUGGGCUGCUCCUAUGUGGGGGAAGGAGGAUUGCCAAGAGCCUUUGGUGGCUCCCAGCAUCCCGCUACCCUGGUGUUGAGGGGACUCAGCGUCACAGAUGAUGGGACCCUGGGAGAUGUAACCAACUAUGAGAUCCCACAGGAAGACCGCAGCUCCUCUCCUCCCAUCAUCUUUGAAGCCUCAGCACAGCUGGUGUCCAUCCCACAUGCAGAGGCCCUGCUGCACGUGGAUUGCAGUGGGGAGGAGGUGAUCUGUGAACUUUCCCCAUAUAGUUCUCGGCAGGAGGGCUAUGGUAUCUGCUCUGCCUCCUGGUUCCUGGCAACCGUUCGGCUCUCCAGUGGGAUCAGCAUUGCUCUGCUGCUCAGAGGGCCCAGCUGCAGCAGUCAGAAGGAGGAGGGACACGGUGUGACACUGCACCCAAAGCUGAGGAUUCCAGUGAGCAAGGAGGGGAUUCUACUGACCACAGUGGAAUUUCAGUCAUCAUCAAACAACACUUCCCUGCGCACGCGUCUUGGCAGCUCCAUCACCCUUGACUGCCACUUUGCCUUGGCUCCUGGCUUCCUACUGUCCUCCCUGGAGUGGAGGAGGCAGCACCGAGGUAGUGGCCGCAGCCUUUUCCGAUACAAUGUGGGGAGCGCAGGCCCAACAGUGCAGCCAAAAGUCCACGUGGAUGUGGAGCAGCUGCUGGGGAGUGGGGACGCAUCGCUCACCUUGCAGGAAGCAGCCGUGGAUGAUGAGGGGACGUACAUCUGCUUGGUGUCCACGACACAGCACCAAGUCCAACACAAUAUCCAGCUGCUGGUGGCUGAGCCCCCAAGAGUUCGUGUGUUUCCAGCAGAGGUGUCAUUCAAGAGAGAUGAGACCAUUACUCUGACCUGCAAUAUUGCUGGCUAUUACCCCCUGGACAUCUCAGUGAACUGGAUACAGAAGACUCCUGAGGAUGAGGUAGAAAUCAGUCUCUCAAACGCACGCUUCUCCAGUCACCGGCAAAGCCGAGAUGGCACCUACAGCAUCACCUCCUACCUCAGCAUCAGCUCAGCCACAGUGCAGGCACCAGCCACCUACACCUGCCACGUUUCACACGUGGCUCUGGAAGAGCCCAUCUCCGUCAGCACCUAUCUGAAGGCACCAGAACACACGGAAUCGGAAGGACUGAUAGGGGGAGCCAUUGCCACUGCCAUUUUUGUUUCUGUCCUCUUCAUUGUGCUCAGGAAGAAAAGAGCAGCUGAACCAAAGCCUGAGCAACUUCUAACAGCUUCAGAAUAGAAGAACCCUCGUGUCAGCCACCUGCCCUCCACUGUAUCUCUUCUCAUAGUAGUAUCAUAGAAUAUCCUGAGUUGGAAGGGACCCAUAAGGAUCAUUGAGUGCAGUUCCUGACUCCACACAGGAACACCCAAAAUCAAACCAUAUGACUGAGAGCACUGUCCAGAUGCUUCUUGAACUCUGGCAGCGUGGAGCUGUGCCCACUGCCCUGGAGAGCCUGUUCCACACCCUGCUCAGGAGAGUCAGUCUUGUCCAAAUACUGACAGAGAUAGUGCUCAGUACAGAAGAGGAAGGUCUGCUUCAGCUGGAGGAGCUGAGCGACCGUUCAGGGAUGGAUUCUGAGAAGAGAGACAGGAAAACAUGCUUUCACCUCGGAACAACAUUGACAGCCUCAGCUCUGCUGGGAUGCUGCAUACAGAUGAGCGUCUAUAUCACUGUACGUGGGUGUGUCUGUAUGGAUAUGUGUAUGUGCAUGUAGAUGUAAAUAGUUAUACAAUGAAUUUACAUGCGUUGUAUAUAGAUACAUAUCUGUAGAUGUAUAUAGGUAUAUUUUGUUAAUGCUUUAAGGUUUUAAGGAAGAUAUUUAUGUUCGUGUGUGUGUGUAUGUGUUUUAACUGUAGAACCAGGCAAAUAUGUAGGCAAAAUUGGUUGAUCUUCAAACUGAGCAUGUUGCUUAUAUUGCAAGUCCAGCAAUCGAAACAAGAUGAUGAAAGUUCCCCAGGGGAAAGUUACAAUAAAAUUUUUAAUAAAAAUUUCACUGUUUGGAGUUUACAAAUUGGAGAUCUGUGGUUUUGCUGUUGUGAAAAAUACAGACACAAUUAAGUGUUUUUAAAAAGAAAAAGAAUUAUGUAUUCAGAUUACAUGUGGAUGUAUUGUAUUUUCAAAAUAAGUGUUUUUAACGGUAACAAUUAAGCUCAAGUGUUUUUAGAUCAAUUGGCCAAGAUAAUUUGCAUCUCAGCGUCAUAAAAGAAUUGGCUGAGGAGGUGUGUGGUCCAGUGGAUUUAGGUAUACUAGAAUACUUGAGAAAUCUCAAGACACUGGAAAAGCGUGUGGUGCCAGCGUUCAGAGAGAAAGCAAGGCAACACACGUGACUGUUAGAUGGCAACAACCAUCCAUCAGAGAGUGCGAAUCUGAUAAACGUCAUUUAGUACAUUUCUUUAUUUUUUUUAAAGUUGUGAAAACAUACCCAACUUCAUUCCUUGAUGAAGUAAUGCAUUUGGUUGAUAAAAGUACUGGUGCAGAUUUAAUUUGUAAAUCAGCGUGACGUUCUGAAGGCAAAAAUAACAGUGUGUGUAUGCA